CCAGGAUCACCGUUUUUUCUCGACGAGAGAGGCUGCGAUGCUGAUUUGCUUUCUGAAAUACUCUCGCUGACGCUGGCAUAUAUGUUUGGACCUCUUUAAUCUGCAUAUUUCUUUUUGCCGAACCCCCAUUACUCUCUCCGGCCUUGUUCGCUUUUACCCUCGCCUGGGGUGGCGCCGUUCAGUUAGCCCGACACCGCCGCAUCACAACUAACCGUGGUCUCGCCCGCACCACGAUUCGUUGGGUUGCGGUGUUCUUGCAAUGAGCUUGACCUCGCGCGUAUUCAGCCUGUUUACGCCGACAGACGCAUCCGCUGAUUCUACCACUCCGGCGGUUCAGUCGGCCAAUUCCAGCCAUGUCACUCAUACUGCGCCGAUGAGGUCAGGGAUUGACACGAAUGUACACAAUGGACCGACGGACCUUGAUGAGGAGGAGCCACGUCCUCCCUAUGUUCAUGCAAUGUUCGCUGGAGGUAUAGGUGGUACCUGCGGCGAUAUGCUCAUGCAUUCACUGGAUACAGUCAAGACACGGCAACAAGGUGAUCCUCAUUUUCCUCCAAGAUAUACCUCAAUGACCUCGUCAUAUGCAACAAUAUACCGACAAGAAGGGAUUUUACGUGGGUUAUAUGGUGGAGUUACGCCUGCAUUAUUCGGGUCUUUUCCGGGUACAUUAAUUUUCUUCGGUUGUUAUGAGUUCACGAAACGGAGGAUGCUGGACGCGGGGAUUAAUGCCAAUGUAGCGUAUUUGUCUGGUGGAUUCCUGGCCGAUCUUGCUGCUUCCAUCGUUUACGUCCCUAGUGAAGUCUUGAAAACUCGAUUGCAGCUCCAGGGCCGUUAUAACAACCCAUAUUUCAAGUCCGGAUACAAUUACCGCUCUACUGGAGAUGCGCUGCGCACGGUUAUCCGUCAAGAAGGUUUCUCGGCCCUUUUUUACGGCUACAAGGCGACCAUCUUCCGCGAUCUUCCCUUUUCCGCUUUACAAUUCGCAUUCUACGAACAAGAACGGCGGGUAGCGAAGGAGUGGGUGGGAUCUCGAGACAUCGGAUUGGGGCUAGAAGUUUUCACUGCUGUCACGGCGGGUGGAAUGGCCGGCGUCCUCACGUGCCCUAUGGAUGUGGUGAAAACGCGAGUCCAAACCCAGCAGAACCCGGAGCCUACAGCGGCCCCAGCUGCACCGAAACCCCCAAUGGAGCAGAAACCAACGUCGGGUGUGCGGACACAGACGCGACCGAUAUCAACCUCAGCACCUGUGGCAUCGCCGGUGCCAGCCGGGACUAUGCGAUUGGACACCUCGUCGUUCUUUACGGGUCUGAAGAUGAUUUACAAGACGGAGGGCGUCGCAGGAUGGUUCCGAGGCGUCGGUCCACGAGGAGUGUGGACCAGCAUCCAGAGCGGGACGAUGCUGGUCAUGUACCAAUACCUGCUCAAACAGUUUGAAGCCUUUGAGAACAUGGAGGACUCCAACCCUCUUUGAAUGUGCUUCACGUUCCUUCCAUUCACUGUUCAAUGCCACGGCCGACCGACAGAUUGAGGGCAGGAGAAAGCAGUACUUUUCGAUUGUAGAUAUACCGCAUUGGAUCUGGAUGGCUAGGUUGGUGGGGCGUUUUGUGGGAUUUUUCGAUUCUUCCUUGACUUGCACGCCCGAUUGUUGACGGCAUGGCAUGAUGGCCCUCUCCCUCUUAUGUACACGUGUAUAUACACUUUUCUUUGCUUGCUUUGCUGGGGGGUUACGAUUGAUAUAGACUAGAACAUAGGUAAUUGUACAAUAGAAUAGACCAGUACGGGC